AUGCGAUUCCUAAAGAGACUAACAACUCGGCGCUGGCGACUCUUUAAAAUCGGAAUAGACAGACAAUUCUUCUUAAAGUUCGAGUUGAGUCAAUUUAGCGCCUUUUUUUAUGGUAUAGCAUUUAGUAUUGUGCGAUUCGUAAAGAGGCUAAGACCUCGACGCUGGCGACGUUGGCCAUUUCAGAGUAAAGCGGUUCUAGUGUGUUUGGCCAUAACUAUAUUUCAAAAUACACUUUAUGGAAUAUAUUUAUAUCGGUUUUCAAACAAACACAAAAAGUUUAUUCCAUCCAGAACGGUUACCAUCUACUGUGUUACGGUGGUCUCGCUUUUCGUUUACUUCUAUUUGGGCCGUAUUCAUGAUGAGUUCGUCAAUGGCAACAUAAGUCCACGGGAUACGGUGAAAAUCUAUGUUUACAUGAAUGUUUGCCUUUGUUUGUUCAACUAUGUACAUCAAUGGAUUCUGAUCGUGCCAGUUGCCCGUUUUCAGAAUCGAGUGCCACUUUUUCAAAUUCUAAAUGCCUGUGAUAUCUCGAUAAUGUUGGUGUGGAGAGCUCUGAUCCUGACACUCAUCAAAAUGAUUGGUUGUCCAGUUGCAGUGCAUGUGGCAUUAAAAGUGUACGAUGCACAUCGACCGCCCAGAUCGGAUUCUCAUCUAAGCGCCAACAUGACAAUGAUUCCCUUGAUGAUAGGAAAUCAGUUGAGCAAUUGUUUUUUCGGUGGCAUAGUUGUUACGAAUCUUGUUUUGGCGGCCAUUAACAGACGUGUGAUGAAUAUACUCAAGGAGGUCAACACAUUGCAGACGCCUCUACAAUUGUAUCUUCAAAAGGAAUAUUAUCGCAUGCGUCGCUUCUGUGAGCUAGCCGAUCAACUAGACCACUUGGCUUUGAUGUAUACUAUAUCCACGGGAUUAUCCAAGGGAUAUUUGUCUUUGACCGACUUAUCAAUAAUCCUAUCGAUGACUAUUAAUUUCAUUGGCGUUACCGUGGGUUUCUAUAAUCAAUAUCUAGCCCUGGCUGACUACUACAUCAACGAAGAAGGAACCUAUGACAUACUUGAAGCUCUCGUUCAUUUAGUUUUUCUUGUUGUUCCAUUUGUGGAAAUUGCUAUCCUGGGUAGAGUCAGUCAUCACCUGGUCGAUGAGGCUAAAAGAACUGGAUACUUGCUACAGAAUAUGAAUCUCCAAUAUGCUGAUAUACGCUUCAAGCAAGUUGUAGACGCCUUUUGGUUUCAGGUAUUGACAAUUGACUAUAAACUUAUGCCCUUGGGACUUUUGGAGCUAAAUAUGACAUUGGUCAAUAAGAUUUUCUCAGCUGUUACAGGUUUCCUAUUGAUUCUCAUUCAAACUGAUUUAACUUUGAGGUUUUCACUUAAAUAA